AUGGCCACCGUAUUACGCCGACCGAUGAACCCCAAGGCAGCCCUGCCACGAGCCUCACCGCGAUGCGCCCGCUCCCUCAUCACCACCGUCUCGGCACAGCUCCUCCAGACUCCUAGAAUCCAAGUCAGCCGCCCGAGGGGCAGAUUCCUCUCCACGACAGCUUUCCGCUUCUCCCAACAGCAACAGUCACAAGUCCGGCCGAAGUCAAAAGUCGUCGAGAGCGCUGAUGCGGCCGUCGCCGACGUCAAGAGCGGUUCCGUCCUGUUGAGCUCGGGAUUCGGGCUGUGUGGUAUUGCAGAAACCCUCAUCCAAGCGCUGCACCGCCGAGGCCGCGAAUCCCUCCACUCCCUCACAGCCGUCUCCAACAACGCCGGCCUCGAAGGCCGCGGCGGCCUCUCCCACCUCACCGAGUCCGGCCAGAUCGACAACCUCAUCCUGUCCUACACGGGCGGCAACAAGGUCCUCGAAAAGGGCUACAUCGAGGGCAAGCUGUCCGUCGAGCUGUGUCCCCAGGGCACGCUGGCCGAGCGCCUGAGGGCCGCCGGCGCGGGCAUUCCCGCCUUUUACACGCCCACCGGAGCCCACACCCUCCUCCAAGAAGGCCAGAUCCCCAUCCGCAACAACCCCUCCGGCGGCGCCCCCCUCGAAAACGGCCACAGGCGCGAAACCCGCUCCUUCAACGGCAAGCUGUACCUCAUGGAGACGGCCCUCCCCGGCGACGUCGCCAUCCUGCGCGCCUACAAGGCCGACACGGCCGGCAACUGCGUCUUCCGGCGCACCACCCGCGCCUUCGGCCCGCUCAUGGCCAAGGCCGCCAAGCUGACCAUUGUCGAGGCCGAGCACAUUGUGCCCGUGGGCGACAUCGACCCGGACGACGUGCACCUGCCGGGCAUCUACGUGGACCGCGUCGUGCAGGCGACGGUCGAGAAGCAGGUUGAGACGCUCAAGCUGCGGGAGGAGGACGACGGCGCGGCCGCGGCGAAGAAGGGCAGCGAGCGCAAGAGGAGGAUCGCCAAGAGGGCGGCCAAGGAGCUCAAGGAGGGAUACUACGUCAACCUGGGCGUGGGCAUCCCGACGAUGGCGGCCAACUUUAUUCCCAAGGAGAGGACGGUGUGGCUGCAGAGUGAGAAUGGACUGCUGGGCAUGGGCCCUCAUCCCACGCUCGAGGAGGUCGAUGCCGACCUUGUCAACGCCGGCAAGGAGACCGUCACCUUCGUCCCCGGCGCCUCGACCUUUGACUCGUCCGAGUCCUUUGGCAUGAUCCGCGGCGGCCACGUCGACGUGUCCAUCCUCGGCGCCCUCCAGGUCAGCGCCGCGGGCGACCUCGCCAACUUCAUGAUCCCGGGCAAGCUCUUCAAGGGCAUGGGCGGCGCCAUGGACCUCGUCGCCAACCCGGAGAACACAAAGGUCAUCGUCGCCACCGAGCACCUCUGCAAGGACGGCUCGUCCAAGAUUGUCAAGCAGUGCAGCCUGCCCCUUACCGGCGCGCGGUGCGUCAGCACCAUCAUUACUGAUUUGUGCGUCUUCCAAGUUGAUCGCGAAAAGGGCACCUUGACGCUCACUGAGCUAGCGCCGGGCGUGACCGUCGAGGAGGUCAAGAGCAAAACGGAUGCGCCGUUUGAUGUUGCGGACGUUAUUACCAGCAUGGAAUAG